UUCCAAAUUUAAAUCAUUCGCACGCUAAACUCAGCACGAGCAAGACGCUUUGUUAACAUAUAGUUUUGUUUAAUACAAUCAAAAUGAAAAAUUACUCUAUCCUCGGUAAUAAGAAGAAAGUGACCAUGGAGGCUAAUCCGACUAGUCUUAAGGUGGUUGGAAACAAUUGUGUUGUGAGAGUGAAAAUAAAUCAAGGAGAAAUCGAAGUGAUCGGCAAUGACUGCCGUGUAGAGAUUGUCGACAAUACUGGUACCGUUAACUUAGUGGGCAGCGGUGGUACAGUUGUCAUCACAAAAAGGUGGAAGGGUGACAAGGUUUCUAUGGUCGGACCUAAUUGCCACCUUAUGGUAAAUGGCAAAGACAAGACAGCACCGACAUAUGAAGCUCAGCUGUCCCCUUUCAGUAAAGAACUGGAUGACGUCAUUGAAUCGAUUUUUUCUUUCGUGAUGCGAUGAUAGAUAUCGAUUGUGAUGCGGAUUAUAGAUUUGAUAGCGGAUCAUCGCUGGAUACCGUCGGCUUUUUCUUUGGAUCCGAAGCUUUGGUGGAAGCUUGCGUUGUUUCAAACGAAAAAUGAAUUAUUAGCUUCCUUUUGUGAAUGUUUGGUGUUAAUGUCAUUGCAAUUUUAGUAUUUUAUAUAAAGUAUAGAAAGUUCGAUUAUAAUUUGAACAUGUAUACAAAACAUAUUUUAAAUAAAUAAAGUAUUACUAAUAUUAACUGUGA